CGAACUCCGCCCCGGUGAAAGGGCGGUGGUGGCGCUGGGCGGGGCCAAGGUCCGGGGCUGGCGGCGGGGUCGCUGUGGGGCCUGCGAGCAGCCGCGGAGCUGUGCUCUGCUCUGGCUGGGCGGGGCUGGCCGAGCGGAGUCCGCGCGCACCCGCGCUGAGCUGCCUGCUCCGGCGGCUCCGCUGUUCGCCCGUGGCAACGUUGCCCGGGAGUCUCCAGCAUGAACGAACUGAGGCUUAGGGCGGUCCGCGAGCCGGACGCACCACCGGAGGACAAGGAGUCGGAGCCAGAAGCAAAGGUUGACGGAGAGACAGCAUCGGACAGCGAGAGCCGAGCGGAAGCUACUCCCCUGGUAACCUCUGUAGACGAUACCCCAGAGGUCCUCAACAGGGCCCUGUCCAACUUGUCUUCAAGAUGGAAGAACUGGUGGGUGAGAGGCAUCCUGACUUUGGCCAUGAUCGCGUUUUUCUUCGUCAUCAUUUACCUGGGACCAAUGGUUUUAAUGAUAAUUGUGAUGUGUGUUCAGAUAAAGUGUUUCCACGAGAUCAUCACUAUUGGCUACAAUGUCUACCACUCCUAUGACCUGCCCUGGUUCCGGACCCUCAGCUGGUACUUUUUACUGUGUGUGAAUUACUUCUUCUACGGCGAAACAGUGACGGAUUAUUUCUUCACUUUGGUCCAGAGAGAGGAGCCUUUGCGGAUUCUCAGCAAAUACCACCGCUUCAUUUCCUUUACUCUCUACCUGAUAGGAUUCUGCAUGUUUGUAUUGAGUCUGGUCAAGAAGCAUUACCGCCUGCAGUUCUACAUGUUCGGCUGGACCCACGUGACAUUACUGAUUGUCGUCACCCAGUCACAUCUCGUUAUCCACAACCUGUUUGAAGGGAUGAUCUGGUUCAUUGUCCCCAUUUCUUGCGUGAUCUGUAAUGACAUCAUGGCCUAUAUGUUCGGCUUCUUCUUUGGUCGGACCCCCCUCAUCAAGCUGUCACCGAAGAAGACCUGGGAAGGCUUCAUUGGGGGCUUCUUUGCCACUGUGCUGUUUGGCCUUCUGCUAUCCUAUGUGAUGUCUGGGUACAGGUGCUUUGUCUGCCCUGUGGAGUACAACAACGACACCAACAGCUUCACUGUGGACUGCGAGCCCUCCGACCUGUUCCGCCUGCAUGAGUAUAACAUUCCUGAGGUGAUCCAGUCGGCCAUUGGCUGGAAAAUCGUCCGGAUGUACCCUUUCCAGAUCCACAGCAUCGCCCUCUCCACCUUUGCCUCGCUCAUCGGCCCCUUCGGAGGGUUCUUUGCAAGUGGAUUCAAACGAGCCUUUAAAAUCAAAGACUUUGCCAAUACGAUUCCUGGCCACGGAGGCAUCAUGGACCGCUUCGACUGCCAGUACCUGAUGGCCACCUUUGUCAACGUGUACAUCGCCAGUUUUAUCAGGGGCCCGAACCCGAGCAAGCUGAUCCAGCAGUUCAUGACCUUGCGGCCAGAUCAGCAGCUUCACAUCUUCAACACGCUCAGGUCUCACCUGACCGAGAAGGGGAUGCUGGCAGAUGCCACGGAGAACUAGCAGGGGCCGCGCAGGACCGGGAGAGUCCGAGCAGGGCUGAGCGCGGGGCCAGGGCUCCCAGGCGAGCCCCGCUGGGGUGACCUAGACAACGGCAAGGCUUCAACUCACUGUCUUUUCCUUUUUUAAUUUUUUGGUAGAGUGAUUUUUUAUCUGUGGGUUGUAAGAAGAUUCUGUACAUACAGUCUAUGUGCUUAUGAUUUGGGUUGUGAGUAAACUACAGCUUUGAGUGGGGAAGAAGUCAUGAGGAUAAAACCAUUUGGGUUUUUUUAACUAAAGGUUUAAAAACCUGGAGGACAGCGCUGCCCGGCUCAGCAGCGGCUGCCUGCCGCUUUUCCGUCUCAUCGGCCGAACUGGGCUCGCUGAGAGAGUGGCUGUUCACUGGGUCAGACGGGCUUAGGGCGCCCCAUACUUGUCUUUGUACUGCCGCUUCCCCCCUACCCCCCGCCCCCCGCAGGGAAGAGGUGCGCAGCUUGGAUGUCUGUGCUGUUGGAGAGCUUCCACCUGAGCUGCUCUGUAAUCCCUGCCUUGGAGCUCCGGGGGGUGUGCCUUCCGUAGGCCGGAGGGACUCAGGCGUAUGUAUCAGAUAAGCGUUCCGUCCACUUCAAAUCCUGUGGAACACGAGCUCUGCUUUAUGUUAUGGGUUCACCUUGUUUCAUCACAGACUGAGAAAGCUCAAAAAAUAAUUUACGAUAGUCUGGUAAAAACAAAACAAAAGAAAACCAACCACACUGUAACAUUUCAAGUGUAUGCAGUAGAAUGUAGCAUAACGGAGCCCCUCCCCACGUGCUCAGGCUCUGGCGGCUCCUGGAGGGCGGCCCAGCCAGCUGCGUCUUUUCAGGGACGAUGGCGUUCAUGUUGUGCUGUAGACUGGUUGCUGCUGAACCCUCUCCGGGGGCUUUCCCGCUGGGCAGCGAGCAGAGGGCUUCUCGUCUGUGCUCCGUUGCCUGACCGCCCACCCACGUAGCUGCUGUGUUGUAUAUAUUUCACUCCCAAGGCAAACGUGUAUUGUGUGUGUGUUUUAAAUAUCACUUACUUCUUAAUAAGUGAUUUCAAUUGUACCACGACUUCUUCACUGAAACCAUAGAGUCCUGCUUAAAACUCUGGGAAGCUCAACCCAGUUAGAGGUUUGACUAUUCUGAAGAUUAAAUGCACACUUUUUAUAUAAUGUGACCAGUUAAAUGUAGUUUGUAUUUUACUGGGGGACCUUUUUUUUUUUAAAACAAAACAAAACAAAACUGUGAUUUAUUUUGUUUCCCUUCUUAAUGACAAGAGAGAGGUUGACUUUGGGAAGAGGGUGCAGGAGAGAGAGCUCGGUGCCCAAGGUGUUGGUAAUUCUGUGCCACGGUUGUUCUCAUUGCCAAAUGUCAGGGUAGUGGCUUCCAGAGCCCCUGGCCUGGUGGGAGUUUGUUUGGUUUCUGUUUUAAUCAGCCUCUCUGCCUCCCUGAAAGCUCGCACUCAGCCCGGAUCCCUGGAGCACCUGGCGCAGGGCUGACCCCCGCCGGCGUGUCAGCCCGAGGACACUGCACGGCCUUGCCUGAGCAUGCAGCACUGUGUUUUCCCACGGGGUUUCAGUCCCGGCUGUGGACCCCGGGCAGGACAGGCAUGCCGCUCUCUGGGUCCUUGCUUUUGAGUUGUCCCCUAAUUCCAGUAUUUCGUGAUCUGGCUGGGCAAGUCCGUGCCACCAGAGGCAGCUGUGAGUGAUGCGUCAUGUCCUGGGUGCCCAAAAAGCAAGUGUCAGGCCCUUCCUGAGUGUUUAUCCUGAAGAUGAGCCAGUAUCUCAGCGAUGAAUUAAACAGUGGAGCUGAUUAGUCAUGAAUCUAGUUUUCUUAUUGAAGAAUGAACUUGUUUUCCUGAACCAGAGACCGAAAGUCUCAUUUGUCUUGUGUUGCCUCGUCGUGGACAUGUGGUGGGGUCCUUGGGAGCAGGGAGUGCCAGCCGGAGCCCGGCAGCAGAGAGCCACUCCCCAGGAGGGCUGCGUGUGCGUCAGGGUGCCUGGCACAUUCCCCUGUGGAUGUGGUUGUGGUAGGGGCGUCUGAGGAUCCGGGCGGGGGGUCCCGGGACGCUGAAGGUGGUUGCUCACCAGAGCUACCAGCAAGAAGGGCAGAGCCAGCUUGGGUUUUGUUUUUUGGGGGGUUUCUCCACACUCUUUCUGGUGAAUAAGAGGCAUUUCCUAGGGGGGUGGUCUGGAGAGCAGUGCUAUCUGGUGUCUUUGUGGCACAGUGCUUUUCUUCCUCCCAUUUACUGAUGUUAUUUCACCCUCAGAUCAGAUUCAGGAGACUGUUUUCACGUGUAUCUGUGCUGGUCUUAAUGGCGUCACUCACUUCACAUCCGUUUUGUGCGUGUGUGAGAAAUAAACAUGACUGAACUGUGUGCCCUCCCUUGUCGUGAAUUCAGUGUCUCACCUCCAUGCUUGACUUUCUUGUUUGGUACUCGUAACUGUUGUGCUGUCCUGAUUUAGAGACUUCUGUUUGGUUUUCCAGUUUGAAUCCCAUACAUUCUCAUGACAGCCUGCCAAGGCACCGUGGGCGAGAGUCAUGGAGCUCUGCCAGGGAGGGAGCUGGGGCCGGAGACGGGAGGGAGCGGCCCCAGGGUCCCGCGGUGGAGUCGAGUGUCCAUCUUAUCGUCCGUCCCCCAGGACAAGGACUAGACUGUGCCCAGCCCCACUUGCCUUUGUAGAAGUGGUGUAAGUGCAUCUGAAGUUUUGCACCAUUCCUUCCCACAAGCAUAGGAGGCCUGACCUGUCCACCAGGUUGGAGCUUCAGUUGCCGUUAGCUCCUGAGCAGUGAGAUACAGGAGCUCGUGGACAGGGGUGUCACAGAAGCCAGGGCUCCUCUACCGUGAGCUGAGCCCGGUGUCCUCCCGGGUGAGUUCUGCUGUCACCUCUCACAGGACACCCGUAUCCUUCCCUUUCGCAGGUGCAUGCCACCUCAGCAUGAUAAGAGUAUACACGGUUUCCUCCUGAGUGUAGAAUCCUCUGAGGCAGCCUGGACCUUAUUUGUAUUUAUUGUUUUUGGUCUGUUUCUAUUCUGAACAUUUUAGUAGCUUUAAUAUAACUAUAUUUAAAACAUAUUUACUCUUAGUGUUGUACAGUUCUGUAAUGUAUAUUUGAAACUAGUGUCUCAGAAGGGGUGAACUAUAACUUUUAACCUUAUACAAGUGGACUUUUGAAAUCCCUUUUAUAGUAUUUAUCUUUUUCCUCUGGGCUUCUUAGCCUGUUAGUUGACUUAUAUUAUGCAAGGAGGUUCUAAAAGUAAGCUUUGACGGAGACUGAGCCAACCCUGGGAUUGGAGUCUAAGCUAGUUGCUGAGUUGGCUGGAGGCUGCGUUGACCGGAUCCUCGAGUUUGGCUCUUCAGGGUGUCAGUGAGUCCUGGGCAGGCCCAGGAGUGUCCCUGAUAUGGGGGGGAGGGGGCAGGGGGAGGAUGUGAAUGACUCAAGGCAAAGAACGUCACUGCUUGGAAAGCUACGCAGUGGCCUUGUUCCCUAAGUGUCCCAUCCAGGGUCAGUUUUGUAAGGAAGUGUAUUUUCGUUACUCUGCCAAUGUGAUCUGUCAUUGCUGAAACUUGUUCCUGCAUCACCAUUGCCCUUUGUUUUCUGGAGUGACUCACAUCUGUGCCCACCUUGUACCGAUGUGCGGAGAAAAGGGCGGAGUCUGCAGAGGCGAUGUCACUUGUAUCCAGGGUUCCUGUUCUUCCAAAGUCAGGGUGGGAAGGAGGGCUAAGGGGAGGGUGUCCAGGCGAGUGCCAUGGUCACAUCACAAGAGGGUAAACCAUGUGCAGGCGCUCACUGUACUGUCUGCAGCAGGGGCUCGAAGGAGCUGCCGGAACAACCUAUCACUGAGGUAAUGGGGCCGGCUGAGCACGGUAGUUAAGAAGCUGGACUUUGGGUUCAAACAGCCCGUAGGGAUGUAUUCAAACAGCCCUAGGCCUGGGCAGGUUCCUAAGUGCAACUGUGGCCCAGUUGGGUCUGACAACAGCACCUUCCUCGUGGGAUUGAGAGGAUUCUAUGAGAUUAUUAUGCACAUUAGGCAUUCAGCACAGCGCCUGACAUGUAGUAAGUGAUCAGUAAAUGGUGGCUGUGUUUGUUGCACUGAGCUGGUCUUUGCACCGAAGCUGCUGUGAUGCCAGAGACCGGGUUCCCAGCCACGACGUUGCCAAGAAAGGGGCGGGUUCUUGGGCAGGGCCUCAUUGUUCUGCCCUUGUCUCAGCAAAACAAACUUCCGUUACUCUUGUCACCCUCCACACGGUUGCCCAGCAUCCAGUCUUUAUAGAGGUGAGCAGUUGCCACUUCCUGACUUGGUUUCCUUUGUUGGGUGGGGCCUUGCAUCACGACCCGCAGAGGGUGCUGGCAUUCGGAUGGAGCGCUGAGGAAAGAGCCUAGUUGAAAGUCUUCUAGGCUCACCUCUGGGUCUCAGACCCUGCUCGCCCACAUGCCCUACAGAAGGUGGGCCCAUUCUCAGUGGGCAGCAGAGCCCCAGCUGCCCACUGCCUGCAUCCCUCUAAAGUGACCCCACCUCCCCGUUGCUCCCAGCACUGCUCCAACACCCCCUCCUCCAGAAGCGACCUCGCUUACCUGGGCUCUCAGGGGUGGAGGCUACUGCUCUUGUCUGCGGCUGCCUCUCAAUUAAGUUGUUUACCUGUUUGUGUGUGGGCCAUGUUUUCACAGGCAGUUUGGGAGGUAACUUUGGAUGCCAGAGUGCCAGGAUUUUUAGAACACGUGGAUGAUUUCUGUGAACAGAGGGCAGAACAUGUGAUAUCCAGGGUUCUGUGGCCAGUGGGUUUUGAGUCCACUUGGCUAUUUGAAAACCCUGUCCCCUCUCCUCCCAUCUCCACCAAAUGCCUAGCUGCUGAGGCUCCUUUUCUUUUUCUUCUCCAGCCAGUAAGUUACCAGCAGCAUGUUCAUUAAUAAUAAUUGUAACACUAGUAAUAGUGCUUAAUAUGUGCUAGGCACAUACUAAGUUGCUGUAAUGCUGAGACUGGGUUCUCAGCCACUACACUGCCACUUGCCCUGCACGCAGCCUGGGGGUCCGAGGUCUGGAGAGCAACCUCAUGGACCUUCUGAGAGAGGGGUCCAGUUUGCACAUGCACCUGCGGCGCCUUGUGCUUUAUUUGCAAGGCCAGCCUGGCAAAGAGAAGGAGACAUGGGGUGUUUGAAACUCCCUACACUGGGUGGCAGUGGUUUGCCUGAGGCCUUCCUCGCUUCCUGCUGCCCCCAGGGUAGAUUUUCCAUGGGAAAGAGGCUCGUCCUUCUUGUCCUCUUGCUCGUGGUGCCUCCACUCCAUGGGUGAGGGUCUCUGUGACUGGCUCAGAACCCCAUUUCCCCCUCUGGCCAAGGGCGCACACAGCUCAGGAGCCUGCAGCAGGGCCCCGUACGAGUGGCCACCACUAGCCAGGAAGAGGGAAGGAGAGAGAGAGUACAUCUGUAGCAGAUUGUAACCCAGAGGGGAAGCCUAGAAGCUCUGCCCACGCCCGUGCGGCGUCAAGUCUCGGGUUUCAGCUUUCUUUGUGGCACAUUGACAGGGCAGGAGCAGGGGACCCCUGAGGACAGAUGGCUUUCGCUGGAUUGUGGGUUAGCAAAGGGUCAUGUGGGUGAUUCAUGAAUGAGGGGAGAAAGGCACCCGAUUGAGUGAAAAACGUGUAAUUUAGUUUUCUGAAAGGAGCUGGGGAGCUGGGGAGGGGGUGUGUGUGUGUGAGGUGGAGGAUUCUCCACGCUGAAGGAACGGUGUUGACAAAGACGACCCAUGAAAUCCAAGCCAGUGGAACAGUAGCUGGGAGUUACCGGCUUGACUGCGAACGGUUCCUGGGUGUGAGCAGGAAUGGAGGCCAGACCCAGAGGCCCACGGUGCGGUGUGCACUGGUCUCCCCCCUUCACUUAAUGAAGUCAUGAUUGUGGCAGGAAUGAGGAGAACGUGGUUGUGGAGGUGUUCAGUAAGCAGCUGCCGCGACAGACUGGUCCUGGGCUCGUCCUCUCGUCCUUCUGACUCGAGUUUGUCAGGCCUGGCACUUGCAGGGGCCGCCCAGGCAUUGGGCAGGGCCGAGCCCUCUGUGGCCUCUGGAGGGCUCCCCUGUGUGUGGUGCCCAGAGGGUUCAGCCGGGUUGAGCCAUCCGGUGGUUCUGUGCCGGGUGAACGUGUGUUUGCUGAUGGGCUGGCACACUAUGUCUCACUUCCAUGAGGUUCGUGUCCUGGGUUUGCUGGCUUUGUGCCGAGGAACACCAGCCCAGAAGGGGCGUUCAGAGUAUUUUCCGGCUGUUGUGCCCUUCCCCCAACUUGCUUUGCUAGACCCGGUGUCUGCCCCGCAGCGGGCUUCUCCGUGCGCCGUCCGACCGGUGUCGGACAUGCAGGUUCUUCUCUGCCGCAGUGUCAGAACGUGGUGGACUGUGCACUGGAAAGUACUUACCUUAUUUAUAUACCUGAAUGUUGCCGUUGCACAAAUAAACAUCUAUUAAAUUCU